AUGUCGGCCUUUACCGCUCUCAACGUCGAACCCGAAGACACGUUUGAAGAGGAGAUCGAUGACACGAGAGAGAUCCAGCUUGAAGAGGCCUUUAAACUUUAUCAAAAUGCCCUGAAACUUCAUUCUCAAGGCCCCGAGUACUUUCAAGAAGCCAAGGAUGCUUACGAUGAAUUGCUCAAAUCCGAAGUCUUCAAAUACCCAGACGUGGUCUCGGACUUUCAACAUGACGAACUUGACAAUGAGGCGACAAUAGCCGCCGCGCAGGCCGAUGCCGGUGCCCUCUCCCUUCUCCCCAGUAGCGCCGCCGAAUCCUCCGCAAGUUCAGUUCCUCAGCUUAUUUAUCUCGCCUUCAAGAACAGGGGUCAGUUUCUUCUAGAUGUUGCCCGCCAUCGACUCCCAGACCAGAGGCUCUCCCGGUCCGAGCUUUGUCAGUACUACGCCGAGUCCUGCAAGGAAAGCCUCGGACAAUUUGGGCAAGCGCUUGAGCGCGAUGACACCGAUCUAGACUCUUGGAAGAAAGCUGCCCGUGUAGCGGAUGUCCUGUCUACCCAGCGAAUAGCACGGUUCUGCUUAGAAAGUGUCCUAGCUGGUGAGGAUGAGGAUGGUGAACAAACCAUCGACUUGUCAGGUCUUGAUGAAGCUUUCGCAGCUGGUGAACUUGAAGAGGUAAUCGACCUGGUACAAGAUGACCUUAGUCGUCUUCAAAGCUCAGACGCACGACCUAAGGACAGGCUUCUAAGUGUGUUGAAGAAAUCUAAUGACCCUUACCGAUUCUUGCCGAAGCAUACAGAAGUUCUCGAAUAUUUUGACGACAGAUAUCGUCCUCUGAGCUUCGCGGUGGGUCAAAUUCUUCUACAGCCAGCCUCGCCUGACCUCUAUUCCCUGGGCAAAGAGAUUUCCAAGAUCAUUCAGAGCGUUCAAAGUGGCGCCUCCUCUCUUGGCAGUGCUACUAUAAUAAGAAUAGAGCUGCGAGACCUGAACUCGACUGACCACGAUGUCGAAAUGGCUGCGGUUUCUGAUAAUACUGGCAAAGAAGGCCGGACGUCCGGCUCCCGCCAGGACGAAGCGUCGCAAAGUCCUGUCCAACCUCCAGCCGAGACGGAAACCCGGAUCGAGUCACCAGCUGAAAAGGAAUCGCCGCGAGACCAUGAUGUGGCUGAGCCGGGCGGAGCAAGACAACAAGAAAAUGAGAAAAUAGGAGUUCUCCCGGAUGGAGAUACAAUCGAAGUGCAACGUACUGUUGCAGCACCAUCGCGAAAGCGGUCUACAACAGCUGCUGGGAACGAUGAAACUGAAGGACGAGCAAAAAGCAAAAGAUUGCGAGCGAGGGAAUCAAUGGCUGACCUUACGGCCCAGGAGGAUGAAGCCUCACAUGAGGAUCCUCAGUACUUCCUGGACCAACUCGCUGUGUUCGAGCAGGCGGACCAAGUUGCACUCGAUGCGGCAAACCCCCUUCUCAUUAAGCUCGGCAUGAAGCUGUACCUGUCACCAGAGCAAGCCAAGCAAGCUUUUUGGACUGGCACCGUCGAUGGAGAAGAUUCCGAACGUUGCAAGGAAGACCUACAACUCUCUGCAGACCUUCGCUCGAUCUUGAUGAACUGGUCAGAUGACAAGGGCUAUGCCAUCGUCAAUGGUCAUGGCAACCAAGAUUUUCCUGAGAAAGCGACUGGCAUGGCAUUGUUCCUGCAACACCUCAAACCUGCCAUUCCAAAGGAGAUUGAGCGCCCCAAGGGCUCCGACAAAUCCAUAUUGAGCUCCUUAAUUGCUCUGCUCAAUGCUGAGCCAACAAAUAUCUACGACGCGGCAACCUACUGGCUGUUUUCAGUCUGUACUAGCUCCAGCAAGAGGAGUAAGCGUUGUCCAUCUCCAUAUUUAAGUGAGAAAUGGACCGUCGAUAUGAAACAUCUGGUGGCUGAGUUGGCGUGCAUAAUGGAAGAGUAUUUAUGGGAGCUCUUGCACCGACGCCUUUCGUACCUUUCCAAAUUGAGUCUCGAGCGGGUCAAUGGAAUUGAUUCGGAUGUACAUUCAGUUGUCGAGCUCGUCGAGACUCUUUUCGAAAUAUUUCUUGAUACCACCGCUACGUUCACCGAUCUAGGUGGUGACUGUGAUCAUACAAGUCAAAUCAGCUACGCAGACCGCUUGAAGAGGUGGUCUGGUCUGGCCAGUGAAUUCAUGCAGCUCUAUCUCAACUCAACUGCUCUUGGUAGGAGCGAUCCCCUGAUUCUGCGCUAUAUCUGGACAUCAGUUGCCCACGUCAGACUGGACGACAAUGCCGACAAAGGACAUAUUGUAUCCUUACUCGGGGAACUGAAAGUCUUAUUAGAGAAGACCAAUGCUGAGCCAGUCUUUCUUCCAAACAAUACUGCGAUGUCUGUGAUCUCUGUGGCAGCCAUUGAUCGAGAGCUAUCAGCUCUCAGUACGCGGGAUUUCUUCACAAGUGUUUUCGACGAUGAUAACAGUGAACCCGUGGCGGUCAUCGAGAAGUUGGAACCUAUUCUAGAGCCAGCCUCUAAAUCUGAAAGUGGGAACUCUGAUUUUCGACACUCAAUGCAGGCUGAGGAGCUCAUCCAAUUUCUUGAGUCCGGAGACGCGGCACUCAAGUUGUACCUUUGGAGACGUCUUCAAAACGCUUACACGGCUAUUUCAUAUACUCCCAAAAUCGUGUCUUGUCUCCUCAGAGCGAUUGAGACGAUUGUUAAGGAAUUGUCUACUAAGCGCCAUCUGGAAGCAGAAUCAAGUAGCCGGCAAAUUUCGAUGCUCAAAUGGUUACAUGAUGCAGACGAGGUGAUGAUCAGACUGUUGACCAAAGUCCUCAACGAUUCUAGCCCGUUUGAAUGUGUUGACGCCGCCCAUCUUCGUUCGUCAUUGGAAGCAGUCUCAAGGCUUGUGAAGCUCCUCUGCGGAUUUGUCAUCUAUGAAGACUCAAUACGCGUUGGUCAGUCUACGGGGCCUCAGCUCAAAGCUGCGACUUCGACAAAGUUGUAUGAGAAGAGCAAGGACCGGCUUAGAGAGAUGCUUGUUCGAGUAUGGACUCUACAAUAUAUGCUUCUUAAAGAGGGGACUGUCCAGGACCCGGUUCUCCACCCUCGGGCAGCAGACGACUUAGCCGAAUACCUGUGCGCGGUCCACAACUCCUUCGGUCUCCGGCAAUACUGCAAACACGCCAACAAGUCCUUUGUAAAGCUGGUCAAAUCCGAAUUGGGGAGUCUCGCUACGGAGCAGGACUAUACCGCCGAGAUUGCCCAGGUCUUCUUCGAUCUCUAUCAGCUUCGCUUUGCCAAUGGUAUUGGAGAUGCCGACCACGGCUGUCCGCCGGAAAACUUGGAUAAGAAGACAGCUUGGUCCUUGAUCCCGACGAUCAUGAAAUAUGCUAAGCGAUUUAACGUCAAGGAUCUGAACAAAAGCGAGCUCAAAGGCACAAUUGACAAGAUGCAGCAAGCUCUAGGGGUGAUUAAAAGUCCACCACCGCUCCAGCAAAACAAGCGCAUCAUUUCUUCAUAUCUGAAGUCAAUUAUCAACGCAACUGACUUGUAUCGGUGCAUCCGAGGUAUCGGUGAUCUACCGACACGUAUUGUGCAAGCGGACACGCAGGUCGCGGCAAACAGUGGUUGGUACUUCAUGCUCGGACAUCUCACGCUUUCGAAAUAUAAGUCUAUCAAACGAGUCAACCCAACUCCCACCGACGACCUGGAUCUUGCUGCGAUCUUCUUCCGUCAGGACUUGGAUCACAACAUUGAGAAAUGGGAGACUUGGUAUCGGUUGGCACAGGUCUAUGAGGCCAAGAUUGAAGACGACCUGAUCUGGAAUUCCACCAAACUCAAUGAAUCAAGGGGCGAUAUUGCUCUGCUCGAGCGUCAAGCGAUUCACUGCUACAUCAUGGCUACUGCAGUAGCCCUGCGAUCGGCUGAUGACCGACUGGAAACUACAGAGAAGGUUGAGGACAUGCUCACCGAGUUUGCCACUCUUUUGUAUGCAUCUUCUCGCCCCCCAUUGAAUAUGGAAGCAUUCAGGACCGACAAACAUGUACGUCAUAUGAGCAGCACCAUUGACAUGGCAAUGUCCAAGCAACCAUAUCACAAGCCCCUAGGACAGUAUGCCCUGUGGCAUUUUGCAGCUUAUCUUCUCAGCAGGAGGCUGACAGAUCGACCGAAGUCAUGGACAUCCCACUACACACGCGCGAAGUGUCUGUGGAAGAUGUUCCAAAGUCCGGAGAAUCAGGGCCGUGUCUCUACGGAAGCCGUCCUGGAUGCCAUCAUUGAGGCCGUCGAGGCUCUCCCUAAGAAGGAGAAGACCAAUGAGCCAAUCCUAGAGCCCCAUUUCAAACUUGUAUCUAUUGUUCACAAGAUGGUGAGAAGCCAAAAAAUCUCCCACACACAAGCCCACCAAUAUCUGCAGGUAUCUCGGUAUGCGCAAGGUGUGCAUUUGUCCGAGGAUGAAGAAGGAGUGGAUUGGGUGCGAUACAUGCUGGAAAUCUUAAAGAGGCUUGGAAAUGCGGAUAAGUCCAAUUGGCAUCAUCGAAUCACCGACCGUGCGGCGCAUAUCAUUUACGAUGAAGGGACGGAUUUCGCGGCGCUUCUUGGCGCUAAGCACCAGUUUACGCAACAGAUAUUCACCAAAACCAUGACAAUGCAGGUUUGGAAGCCUGAGUUUGAACGGCCGGGACGUCAUUACGUUUAUACUGGCCGAUACAUCUCCUUCUUCGUGCACAUUCUGGAGCAGCUCAACGACCGUGCGAGCUUGGACGCUCUGGUCCGCCGGAUUCGGAGGAAGACGACUGAUUUUCUCGAUCAUACCAAGGUCUGGGAGGAGGUGGCUACAACCUAUGUGCGGCUUCUGAGACGACAUGGCAAAAUACCCGAAGGUCGGGAACGAGCAUUAUUCGACGGCAUGAACUAUGAGGAAUUCACCAAGAAGUCAGAGAUGAUGGAGAAAUGGGCGCACGAUCCCGAUACUACCUCAGUAUAUUUGGACAUCAUGCGAGACGCCAUCGACCUGAAACGUCUCAACAACAGUCUAAUGAAAGGACCUGUCAUUGACGAUCUCAUAGGCGACUCUUACGCUUGUCUUUAUAAAGAAUUCCUCGAACAAUUGCCGCCAGAAGAACAGCCCAAGCCACAGCAUGCUGCCCUCCCACAAGGCACCUUCAUCAACAUGACGACGGAUAUCACUACUGGUGGCGAUGAUGGUGCCGACCGUGCUCGUCUGAACGAUAUGCUCCGCGCUCAGGGCGAUGGUGCUGCUGACGGACCAUUGUCAGUGUCAAUCUCUGCACCUUUUGGACUUGGGCUGCAAAAUUCGCCCACCCAUUUUCCGGUCGUAAGUGGGCAACAAAUUCCCGAGGUUCCGCGCGAGCGAGCUAGACCCGGACGUACGAAGACAGUCACCCGGCGUGAGAUCCAGCGCAAAGCGGAAGCUGCCAUUGUGAAGCCGCCACCAAUCAAGACCCCAAUACUUUCCAAAACAUCUGUUAUUGCUGUGGAGGUGUCUUCAAAGGCGGAACUGGGAACAGACGCACCGAUUAACAAGCGCCUAGCCGAGACCAAGGACGAAGACCUGGAUGGAAGCAGAGCAAGCUCUAGGAGGGGCUCUAUUCAAGACAGCGCGGACGAAGAAGCUGAUGCAGAAGAUUCGGGCAGUGAGCUUAGUGAGCUCGAAGAUAUGGAUGAUGAAAAGAAACACAUGCUUGAGGAGUACGAAAUAUCCAGGGAGAAUGCGGAGGACGGAGGUGAAGACGCGGCAGAAGAUAACGAAGGGGCAGAAGAUGAAGACGAGGAAAUGCAUGAUGCAGAGGAUGAAAUCGAGAUUCAAGACUCGCAGGGAAAUGCCGGCGAAGUCGCAAGCGCCAGCAAAGGAAGCCCCGACGAUGAUGAAGAACAGGAGUUUCAUGAAGCACGACAGGAAAACGACACGGUGGAUUAG